AUGUCCAAAGAUGGAUAUCUCCGCGAAAUUAUGAAUCGAUAUGAAUCGGAGGAGGACGAGUUUAUGCGCGAGCUCGAGCAAAUGUCGCAUUCGAUCCGAGAGGACGAGGCAUCUAUUUUAUCAAAAAGAAAGCGAAACUCGGUGCUCUGCGAACGAGACGACAGCGAAAGUGAUGUGCCCCAGGAUCCGCAGCCGAUAUUGAGUGUACUUUGUAGUCUCGUGGACGAGAUUGGGACGCUUCGGAAGGAGAAUCGAAGGUUGAAGACGCGACUGGCAUUGCCACCACCCAGAAUGAACGUCAUGCAACGGAUGUCAACCCUACUCGACUCCCGUGGUAUCUCCAUCCCGAAACUUCGUAGACAACCGGAAGUCCGUAUAGGGGCCCGCGAACGGUUGAGCACCCCGCCGAAAAAGGACCCGCUGACGGCUUCUUCAAUCUCAACCGACUUCUCCGCAUCAAGCCGAGACCCAUCGGAGGCGAUGACUUCAUCCCGUUCGUCCUUCUUCGAAUUCAUCGGGCUGAAGAAGCGCAAGGAGGUCAUCAGCUCCGUGAGUGAUCUGCUCCACCCGCCCCGCGUCGUGACGAGGCGCAAGCGGAAGGACAGCCGGGACGCUGAUGAAAUCGCGAGGGAGGAAAGGCAACGUCGCCUAAAGAAUCGUCAAUCCGCCCGUUUCGCCGCCGAGGAGAGCGAGGAGGACACCAAUUCAAUGGCCAACAAGCGAAAGUCGACGUCCUAUUUGACGACCGGCUACGAUAAGGAUCGAUUCGAGAAUGAAAACGUGCUCCGCGUGGACAGGGAAACGCGGCUGCGUCACGAGCGAGAUUCUCUAUCAGCCGAGAUCGCCGAGCUCAAGACGCGCAACGAGCGACUCGUCGAGCAGCUGCGCGAAAAGUCCGGGCUUUUCAGCCGACAGCAGGACCGGCUGGCGGAAAGUGAGCAAGAGUGCGACGUUCUGCGCCGGAAGUGCCACUUCAACGAGAGCCUAGAUCGGCUGAGUCUACGCGAGCGCUUCACCCACUCGCAAAUGGGUCUUUUUGGGAAGGUGGAAGAUCGACUGCGCGAAUUCGAGUCGAACCUGCAACAGAGCCGAGCCGAGAUCGCCUCCCAGGACCAAAUGGCAAAAAGAGCCGUCGUCUCCGACCAGGCCGCAUAUCGCUCGAUGGUUGAGCAGGUCGAGCGCGUACAGCGCGAAAAUCUGCGUCUCACUCAGAAAUGUCUGAAAGAUGCCCAUAUCGAAGACGGGGCCCUGGCCAGAAAGUUGUCGCUCCUCCCCUCCUACGAUGCGCUGUACGCCUUUUCAAUGGGCAUGGUCAAAAAGCUCGGCGAGCUCCGAUCGGCGCUGCACGACAAGUCGGGCGAGUUGAGCCGCGCCGAGCUCGAUCUGAUCGCCGCUCAGAGCUCGUUGCUGAUCACCCACACACAGCUUCAUCUAUGUGGACGCACGAUACGGAGGGCGGCCAGCUUCCACGGGGACGAUUUGGUCGAACGGAAUGCAAAACGUGAGCUGCACUUCUUGCUCCCCUUCAAACUCCAGGGGUCGCGCCUCGAGAAUUUGCGACGCCAGAACCGCAAGCAGGCCCAAUCCGCGCCCACCUUCGAGAGCGAGCGAGCGCUGGAGCACGAGUUCUUGAAUCUGUUUGGAUACGCGCAAAGCUUGGCCCACAUUGCCGACCGCCCCGAUCCGAGCCCGAAAUCGAGGGACCAUGGGACAGCUGUGGUCACUCGCCAUGAUACAGCUUGUCGAGAGCAUCCGCAGCCCCCAUGCCUCCGCCAACGCCAACGAGCCCACGAACGCUUGUCGCAACGUGAGCGCGAGGGUCAGCGGCGCCCGAUCAGCCUCGUCGAGUUGGAGGAGCGCAGGCAGCGCAUUGUUGAUGAACAACGGAGAAGCAUCCUCGUCAAGGCGCCCGAGAAAAGGCAAGAAGCUGUGCUCUCGCUACAAGAUGUAUCUUCACCUCCAAGAAGUCCUCUAGCCACUCCGCUGUCCAUUCGAAGACGUACACUAGUCAAUAGUGGAAGACCACCAGACUCCCCAAUAAUUGGCGAGCGGAAGGAGCGCCGGCUGGAGAAGCAGCGAUCAAUUGAUGUAGAAGUGCUCAGACGAAGCGAACUUCGACAGCAAUCGACGGAAAAGCCGCCGGACCCGCGACCGAUCAAUGAGCGAAAGCCAGAGCGCAAAAUCGAGCGCGUUCCAAGCGAUCGCGCGCCGAACCCCACCCAGAAUAAGGACGAUUUGAAGGACGAUGCCCUUGUCGCCUAUCGGCCAUCUUCACGACUCCAGCGCAGCGCUCCGGUCAGCCGCAUCCGCCCUCCGCACGCCACGUUCAGACCGAAAGCCCCCGAUUCGGCGUUCCACGCCACCGGAAUGCCGACGCCUAGACCAAAAGCCAGAACGUUGGAAUAUCCGAGCGCCCUCCGCCAUCCAUCGCCACCGUGUGCCCCAGUAAUUCCGGCGCACCUUAGCGGCUCCUUAUCGCCCACCCAGAGCGCCUCUCGGUUGCCGAAACCCGAAAAGCGGAGCUGGAUCGAGCGCCUGAAGCAGAUGAAGAAA